CGGAGCUUCCUCUGCAGCGCAGCCUCUCCGCCCCAGCCGCACGCGGAGUGGCGGGCUGCUUCUCCGCACCCGGGCUUUGGAGUCCUAGCUCUCCCAUAACCUCCACUCCUGCCCGCCGUGCCCACCCGCCAUGAGCCCGCCGCUGUACCGCUGCCACAACAUCACUUCAGUGGAGAAGGGCAACUCGGCGACGAUGGGCGGAGUGCUUUUCAGCACAGGCCUUCUAGGCAAUCUCUUAGCCCUGGGGCUACUGGCGCGCUCCGGGCUGGGGUCGUGCCCGCCGCGUCCGCAGCGCCCGCUGCCCUCGGUCUUCUACGUGCUGGUGUGCGGUCUCACGGUCACCGACUUACUGGGCAAGUGCCUGCUGAGCCCCGUGGUGCUGGCCGCCUACGCGCAGAACCGGAGCCUGUGGGGGCUGGUGCCCAUCUCGGGCAGCCCGCUGUGUCAAGGCUUCGCCUUCUUCAUGUCCUUCUUCGGGCUCGCCUCGACGCUGCAGCUCUUGGCCAUGGCGCUGGAGUGCUGGCUCUCGUUGGGGCACCCCUUCUUCUACCGACGGCACAUCACCCUGGGCAGGGGCGUGCUAGUAGCGCCCACCGUGGGCGUCUUCUGCCUGGCUUUCUGCGCGCUGCCCUUCGCGGGCUUCGGGGAGUUCGUGCAGUACUGCCCCGGCACCUGGUGCUUCAUGCAGAUGGCUCACCCAGAGGGCUCGCUGUCGGUGCUGGGCUACUCGGUGCUGUACGCCAGCCUCAUGGCAUUGAUGGUCCUGGCCAUCGUGCUUUGCAACCUGAGCGCCAUGCGCAACCUCUACGAAAUGCACCGGAGGCUGCGGGGACGCCCGCGUUUGGGCAUCAGGGACCACCCGGAGCCCGGCGCCGGCGAGAAGGACGCGUCCCCACACCCCCUAGAGGAGCUGGAUCACCUCCUGCUGCUGGCCCUCAUGACCGUGCUCUUCACCAUGUGCUCCCUCCCUUUAAUUAUUCGUGCUUACUAUCGGGCGUUUAGAGCUGUCAACCAGAAAAACGGAGACUCGGAAGAAAUUGAAGACCUCCGAGCCUUGCGUUUUCUGUCUGUGAUUUCAAUUGUGGACCCCUGGAUUUUCAUCAUUUUCAGAACAUCAGUAUUUCGGAUGUUUUUUCACAGGAUUUUCAUAAGACCACUUAUGUAUAGAAAUUGGCACAGCAAUUCCUGCGGAACUAAUACGGAAUCCAGUCUGUGACAGUAUUUUACACUCUCUGGUAAGCUGUCAAGAAACCAUGAUAAAACUUACAAUUUAAACUCUCAGAAGAAAGCUCCCAUAACAAGGCAUCCAAAUGUAUUUUCAAAAGCAUUUGAUCUAUCUUAGUAAGGUGUUCUCUGUAUUCAAUAACCAGUGUAGUGUGUUUUCUCAUUCUUUGUUAUUAACAGUAACUAAAAUUUUAUAUCUUGUAGAUGUUUAAAGUCUUAAAGUAAGGAUAUUCAUUGUUCUAAUGUUUGCACUUUAUGUCUCUAAUUUUUUAGAGAGGUUUUGAGACCUAGGGUCCUUUAUUUAAAUAUAGUAGAAACAUCACUGCUGCCUACAAUUAUGUGGGGGGUAUUCUUAAAAAGCACAUUUGUCUUAUCCUAUUCAUUUCUAGCGAAACCUGAUCGUUUCUUAUCAUAACUGCCCCUGUUUAAUUUAUUUUCUUUACCUAUGUAUCUAUGUAUAGUCUGAAUUAUAGAUGCCCCCCAGAAAAGCAAGAUGGGAAAUAUAGCCAGGUCAGGAGCUUGGAUGGUGUGUGGUUAAAUUCAGGUGUCAACUUGGCCAGGUUAAAGAGUUCAGUUGUUUGGUCAAGCAAGUGCCAGCCUGGUUGUUACUGAAAGGAUAUUCCAUGGAUUUAAAUCAUCAGUAAGUGAUUGCAUCUAUGGCUGAUUACUUCUACAAUCAACUGAGAAGAUGGCCUUCAACAGUGAGAGAAGUCUCAUCCAGUCGGUUGAAGGCUUUAAAAGGAGAAGUGACGAUUUCAGCAUUGAGAAGCGUGAAUUUCCAUCUCUACUUCAGCUAACCAGCUUUUCCUGGGGAAUUCUUCAAAAACCUUCAUCCAAAUUCCCAGCUUGCAGCCUACCUUGUGGAAUUUGGACUUGCCUUUCCCCAGUCACGUGAGCCAAUUACUAUAAAAAACCCUCAUAAUACUUACAUUAUGUAUUUAUAUCUGUCUGUCUAUCUAUCUGUCUGUCUGUCCGUCUACCUACCUACCUAAUCUAUCUCCUGUCAGUUCUGUUUCCCUGGAGAAUCUAACACAGAGGGGCUUUCCCCAGCCAUCAUCUGGCAUAUGAGGAGAGGCUAAAUGAUAAAUAGAUGCAAGGCAGGAUGUAACUGUGGACUGUAACCCAGAGGAAAACAAUGAAUUUUUAUCUUUUGAAGUCCAGUUUCUUGCAUAGUGACGCAGGUGUGUCCAUAGGAGUGGGCUACAAAAUGUUGUUUCAAUUUUUGGAAACUUCAUUUUAUGGACUUAUCACAUUUAUGGAUUUUGGGGGGUGGGGUUAUGCUGCCUUGAAAAACAGUGAUGUGUGACUUACCAGAGAGCUGUGCUUACUAAGUUUGGCUGUCUGAGGCACCAAGGCAUUUGGCACAGUGUAAAGCCCACCCAAGACUCGGUCAUCUUCAGAUGAGGGUGGUCGUGAUAUCCUUAGCAUCUACCUUAGUAUCUUCUUAUUAGCAGCCAUACUCUCUUUGUAAGACAAGUGAGAUCUUAUUAAGGUUCCUGAGAGCUGCACUUGAAAAAAA